UUGACUAUCUUCUCAAAGAAUCAUUACUUUGUGUCAGAAAACUGGAGAGGUUGGACAUGCAGAGUUGCCUUUUCUAAGGGGCAUGAUGUGUUUGAGCAUUUGCGACCCAUAGUACCUGUCACUUUGCUCCUGUGUUCCAGAGAUCACCUGGCAAUUCACAAAUGCAGCAGGACACCUGUCCUGUGUACACGUGUAACUCUCGGCCUGCAGAGGGCUUUUCCCUAGAACAGCACCAUGAGGCCCUUAAGGACAGAGACCAGGACUUACAGAUGUUUGUGUCUCUUGGCUUCCAAAAGAAAAUAUUAAAGGAAAAUGUGGCUGGGACUGCAUGUCAGGAUGAGGAGGAAGUGGUGCUCUCGGCAGAUUUGAUCUUCCGGGCAGGCAACCUGUUCCUGCAUAAUUGAAAGGAGACUCUGCUGGGCCAGGGUGAAGGCUGUCCUACCCUUUCACAGACGAUGAGUUAACAGUGCUAGGCCAGGGGUGUCAAAUAAAGGGCAUCGCAGUUUAAGAAAGACAUGAGGAGUUAGGAGGCCAUUCAGAGGAGAGCUGUCAUGAAGAUAAAGAGUUUAGAAAAGAAGACGUAGGAAGAGUGGAGGGAAAUAUUGGGAUUAUUUAAACCUGACAAAAGGAGCCUGGAAAAAUGUCACAGGUUGAAACAUAUGUGGGGAUGAUCAUAUAGGGUGGGGCUUCUCAACCCUUUUUCAUGGCAAGGCACUCUCAGGGAAAGAUAUACAAGGCCCACAAGGGCAAUCAGAUGAGGCUCUUCAAGGCUACCCUCGGCCACCAGAGGCCUGAGGGGAUCACUGGCUUAGCGCACUGUAACCUAUCCCGGCCUUUGGGGAGUUUAUGAACUGUUUGUGCUCCUCCCCAAAUUCAUAUGUUGAAACCCUAAUCCCAGUGUGAUGGUAUGAGGAGAUGGGGACGUUGGGAGGUGAUUAGGUCAUGAGGGUGGGGCUCUCAUAAAUGAGAUUAGUACCCUUAGAAAAGAGACGCCAGAAACCUCUCACCCACUUUUUCUGCCACAUGAGGUUGUAGGGACCUGCCUGUGAGCCAAGAAGUAGGGCUCAACAGACACUGAAUCUCCUCUGUGCCUUGAUCUUGGACUUCUUAUCCUCCAGAACUAUGAAAAAAAUAUGUGUUGUUUAAACCACCCAGUCUAUGGUACUUCUGUUACAGUGCCGCAACUCACUGAGAAGAGAUUUGUACACCUCAUAGGGAACUGAUGUACAGAACACAGAUAGCCUGUAUUUUAGGUAGAGUAAGAACUGGGGUCAAAAUUUUAUGGAAGAGUGAAAUAAAAGGAGAAAACACUUUAUUCUUCAAUUUGAAAAACACUGGAUUGUUUUGUCAAAGGGUGUGUCUCUGUGUGUGUGUGUGUGUGUGUGUGUGUGUGUGUAGCAUGUCCCCAAGAUUUUUAUGCAGUUUAGCUUCAUUAACUUCAGGAAAGUAAGUGCUACAGACUUACGUCGAAGACCAUUUGAAGGUUUAAUGAUUUACAUUUAUUUUUGACUGAUUUUAGUUUUGGGAAUAUUGAAUAAUGCAUUAUUGAUUUUGAUUGAGUCAGCCUCUCUGACUGAAGAUACUAAAGGCUGAAUAAAACAAAAACUGAAAUGUGCUAUGCAACAUGGACAAAACUAAAUAAGUGUGAAAGAACUUUAAGGUCUGUAUCUGGGCUCAUGUGAGGCAAAAACAUUUUUUAAAAAGAUUUUAUUUAUUUGACAGAGAGAGCACAAGCAGGGGCGCUGCAGGCAGAGGGAGAGGGAGAAGCAGGCUCCCCGCUGAGCAGGGAGCCCGAUGUGGGGCUCCAUCCCUGGACCCUGGGAUCAUGACCUGAGCCGAAGGCAGACACUUAACCGACUGAGCCACCCAGGUGCCCCAGGCAAACACAUUCUAUAGGAAAGAUGGAUUUGAGGACAUAUGUGAUCCUGAGUGUAAAUGUCAGGGUACAAGCAAAAAUUCCAGGUAGUUUUGCAAACUUUCAAGGCAGUGGAACUGGUAAGACCCAAGUCAAGGUCUCCAGACAGUAAAGGGGGACCCAGGUAAUAUACGGGCUAUAGAUGGAACAAGCAGAAAAUUUCAUUAAGGUAGCAUAGAGGAAUAUAGCCAUAGGAAAUAGGAUGGCAGGGUAGGGCAGAGAGACCUGAAGGACCUAGGAGAGGUGGAGGGGUCUUCUGGGUUAGUGGUGGGCGGGGAGGGGUUGUGGACACACCCUCUUCAAUUCACCCCACCCCCCGAAACCCUUUGUGACUCUUACGUGUUCUGUGAUGUGAGCUUGGGGAGGAUAUAUAUUCAGCGUCUGCACACUUAAGAGCUCAGUUGCCUACAGGCAGCCUUGCGAUUCAGACAAUGGAGUUCAAAAAUUGGAAUGUUCUCUCAUUUCUGAAUACCUAUACUGAACCAUGUCUGAGCUUCAGCUCAACAUGGUUGGAGAUUGACCCCAACUUCACCUUCCUGUGUGGGUUGGGAUUGCUUCUUCUGUUCCUGUGCUACCUGAUGCUUCCAUUUCCAACUUGGAAAACCAAACCCACCCAAAAGCGUCAGGGCAGAGCCAAGAGGAGGAGGAAAGGUGGGACUCUGAAAGGUUUCCCAGACUACAGAUGCUCCCAGAGAGAAGAUGAGGAAGUCCGGAAGCUGAUGUCUGUUUUAAGAAGCUUUGUACCUCCUGUCUCCUGCAGCCCCCUAGGCCGGCAUCAUGAUACCAUCCACUUUCGUCAACUGCUAUGUCCAGACCCCUCCUGUGAGGUGUGUAAUAGGACAACUGCUGAGAUCAAUCGGCUGCUGUUCCCAGAGGCCCUGGAAGAUGCUACUCCCUUGGCUUCCACAGCCUCUGUGACUUCCUCAUCGUUCACUCUCUCCCCUGACUCCUCAGCAGGCCCUCCAGGAGACCUAAUAUCAGCUUCUCUGCCUGAGCCUUCCCCACCACCUGCCUCCAUCUUCUCACCUAACCCAGUGACCCCCUUGGCUGACUUUUUUCCACCCUCACCACCGGGUGAUUCUUUGCCACCAGAGUCUUUUCCUCCCUUGGAUUCCGAAUUCCCAAAGGACAAUUUCCCACCCCAGUCCCUUGCCUUUCCUCCAAUCCCACCAAAUGAUGCUCAGACAGUGGAUCCUGCUGUCCAUCCAGAGGCCACUUUGUCUCUAAAUACUGAGACCUUUGCUUGUCCUAAUGCACCACCAACCCUGUCUGGUUCACCACCGCCAGACUGCAGUUUAACUAUGACUCAAUCUAAAUCGAUUUCCAUCUCAAUGACGCCUGUUCCAGAGAUCUCAUCUCCAGAUAGCUCUGGUGGGUUGCCUACUUAUGUCCCGACAAUCAUGGGCAUUAAUGCUCCCAGAUUGUCAAUUUUAGACUUCCCUUGGUGGCAAACUCAUGCCAAAGACUUCCUCCCUUCAAAUUUGGCUCCAUAUAAUGUCCAUCACGAGUUGCUGGCCCUCCAUUCUUCAGAGGCUUCUUCCAGGGGAGACCCUGCAGCCAAGCUUGUGGAGCCUGCUAACCUCUCACUUCUCAGCCCUGAUGUCCUGGCACUCCUAGAGAAACAAGUCCAAAAGAGGAGUGACUUCUGGAUGUGGAAGGAAAGGAAAAAGGGUUCUGUUCCAAAACAAACAACUGCUGAUAAACAUGACUUGGCAGUCCCCCUUCCUUUCUGGAGCAGCAAAGACCAAUCAAGGGAGCUGUAUGUACAUCGGCAGCCCCCAUAUCCUACAACCACCUUAAAGGAGGGCCAUUUACAGCAAACCCCUAUCCAGCUCUUCUGGGGUCUCCCAACUCUGCAUAGUGAGUCCUUGUUCUCUGCUGCCCAUGUCUUGGAUAGUUAUUCUUCCAUCUUCAUUUUUAACAGAAUCUCGAAUGCCUCCACAGAGCAGGAAUCCCCAGUAGUUCCCCAUCCUCUUCCUCUGUGCUUGCCUGAGAACCAGCCCCAACCCCAGCCCCUACCUAUCCCUCAGGUCCAGCCCCAGGCCCACCUUCAGUCCCCACUCCCAAUCCUGCCAUCUGGUCCUCUAACCCAGAUUAAGGUCUGUGGAGUGUGUUUUCACAGACCUGAGAAGGAAUCAGAAUGUCUCCUGUCAACUGAAAUGCAACAGCUGGAAUGGAACAUGUUGCAGAAGGAACAGGAAACUGUGUGGGGUUUACCCGCUGUUGUCCAAAGAUCCCAGGAGGACUUCUGUCCUUCAGCUCCUAACCCUUCUCUUAAUCACCGGGCCUCCCAGGCCCGUGUUGCAAUCUCUAUCCUUCCUGGGCAGUUUCCUCUCACUGAUGAGCUUCGAACAAAACUAGAGCGUCACCUUCGAAAGAGGCUCAUCCAACACCGGUGGGGCCUGUGCCGCAGGAUCUGUAAGUCUCUAUCACUGAUGAGUCCAAGUAUUUUUUCAGAGACCCCUAACUUGCAGCGCUAUCAUGGACGCACAUGGAUCUCUAAGAGUGAGAGUAAAUUGAGCGAAUCUGAAAGCUCUGAGGGGGACUCAGAAAUGAUUCAGCUAGAGGAUGAUGACCUGGAGAAGGACAACGAUGACCUGGAGAAGGAUCAGGGACCCAACCCAGAGAAUGGCCCAAAAGAUUAUCUGUUGAGUGACCCAGAGAGCUCUUCAGGUAAUGUUAUGGGGUAUGAUUCUGAAAAAGAACUUAGGAGCCCAUCAGAGAAAAACUCAACAGUGUCUGUGGAGACUUUAGGUCAGAGACAACUUGAAAAUGUCUUGAAAAUACAUUUGAGCAAAAAGUUUGAGGAAAUCAAUGAGGGUCAGCUCCCCGGGACUGUGCACAAUUCAUGGCAUAGUAUGAAGCAGACAUCGCUUCUUUCUGAGAACUCCCACACUGAAAUAAAACAGAGAAGUUUGCCACCAUCAGAGGUUCAGGACUACUCCCUGAAUACCUUCCAGGAGCUUCCCUUUAUUAAAUCUAGUGCACAACAGAUGCUGGAAGCCCAUAUUAAAAAGUUUCAUAUGAGGAUGACGUGGGGCCUUCCCCCCAGGGUCCUUGAAUCCAUAGAGCUCUUUAAACUGAUAAAGGACACAUCCCAUUCUAGCUUUUCCUCCUCAACCAACCUGAUUUCUGAGGUAAAUUCCAAACCGGGGGGCUUCAACUCCCUUAGAGGCAGCUCUAAAUCUCUCCAUGGAGACAAAGUGGGAACAGCAAAUUCAGCCCCCAUCCUGGAUCAUCCUCUCCCUGCCGCCUCAACUGUGGGCAAGGAAGAACAGAGAAUUCCGAGGCAAUCACCCUCUGCUUUCAACCAUGAGUUUGUAGAGGAUGUUCAGAAGAUUAAGGAUGGCACACAGACUCUUACACCCAACAAACAUGACACCAGAGGCAACAGAUGGCCCCCAAAGCUGCCUGCAAGGCAAGCUGGGGCCAGACAUGAGCCAAAGGAUAAGAGUGCAAAUUCUAGAGGUAGAGGAGGAAUGCAACAGGGCAAAGAGAAGAAUCUAGAACCUGUCAUUGUGCCCACAGUGUCCAGGGAGAUAUUCAGGGCCAAGCAACUUGAUGCUCAUCAAUCACAAUCUAAUACCUUGACAACCAGCACGCCAGUAAGCUCCCAAAUCAUAAAGGUGAAUGAUAAUAAAGUCAAAACUACCAUCCCCAUUAAAAGCCCCCCACCAAACCUAUCAAUUCCCCAAGAUCCUAAAUCCUCAAGCCUUAAAGAACAACUGUUGUGUGAGUUAAAGAUUAAACUGGAAAAAAGAGAGCGUAGCCGGGCCCAAGCCCAACGCACUGGCCUGCCCCCUGCCUCAGAGAGUUUGACUUACAAGGCCUCACUGACUCAUGCCCAGGGUGUCUCCAGUGGGGACAUGGGAGCUUCUCAGGUGCUGCAUGUCCAUCCAGAGGACACAGGAAUUGGUAUGGAACAACAGCAGAAGCCUUGGGUCCCUAGGCAUGUCUUAAGGAAGUGCCAGAAUAAGAAUCUCCCACCAGCUGCGGUGACCAUGAGCCCUCCGGGCUCCAAGGCACAAGAGCUUGGUGGAGGGGAUGCAGGACUGGGGACAUCCCAACUUAAAAGGAACAGUUUCCCUACUGAGGAUGUGGCAUUGAAGAAGAGGUUCCCUACUCAGGACGUGCUACUGAAGGAAAAGCUGGGAAGCAAGCCUUCCCAGACCCUAUCACAGAAGGGUCAGCCGCCUCCUGAAAGCCUUUCCCAGAAGGGUCAGCCUCCUUCUGAAAGCCCUUUCAGAAAAAAAAUGAAGCAUUUUUUGCAAUGGCUUAAUCCAGGGAUAAAAUGCAAGAGGCAAGAAAACUCCCAGGAGAAGCGCAGCCCUCUAUCAUCUGUGGAAAGCAGAGGCCUACUUAAAGGUAGAACUGCCUUUACUGGGACAACCAAAGCUCAGAAAUCCAUGACAGACGUUGGGGAGUUCCUAAAAGAGAAAGUGGGGCGUUGGCAUGCAAUAGAUAGCACCUGCCCUCAACAGCCCAUUCCCUCCCCAACCAAGUAUGGGAAAACUCAGCAGGAAGCACAAGUGCAGGCCCAGGCACAGCCUGUCCAGGGGUAUCCUUUCAACUACAGGGCUCCCUCCUGUAAGGUGACAAAUACCAAGUCCUGCCACCAACAAGCUGUCUUUGCUGGCCAAGGCCAUCCUGGAAGUAUUAGACAGAUCAGAGACAAGGACAGACAGCCACAGAAAGCUGUGGCAUUUAAGGACCAGCGACUGCAUAACAAGUAUCCCCUAUCCACGCCCCACAGGGAGCCUGCACCCCACCCACACGCCACCUGCAGGCAUCAAGCUGGCCGGGGGCCUCCGGCCACUCACCACUGCCCAAGGCACUGUGUUCAGAGAUCUGACUCUACUCUUUAGACCGAAAACCCUUCUCCAGAAUUUCCAGGGGGGGAUAUUUCCCACCCCAAAAUAAUCCCUUGUGAAGAAUAUUGAU